GUCCAUGAAUGGAAAGAUCAGACGCUAUUGUCUCAGAUGGAGUAGUGCUAGACUGCUAGACAAGCUAGAUAGCUCUCACAUCUACUCCCCCCAACCGCUCGCAGCACGCGCCAUGGCGGGACGAGAAGCCGCCGCAACCGGAGGAGGCGACGAGCUGACGCUCCUGGGCGUGUGGACGAGCCCGUUCGUGAUCAGGGCGCGCGCCGCGCUCAACCUCAAGGGCCUCGCCUACCGCUACGUCGAGGAAGACCUCACCACCAAGAGCGACCUCCUCCUCGCCUCCAACCCCGUGCACGGGAAGGUCCCGGUGCUCCUCCACGGCGGCAGGCCCGUCUGCGAGUCCCGCCUCAUCCUGGAGUACCUCGACGAGGCGUUCCCGGCCCGCGGCCCGCGCCUCCUCGCCGGCGACCCCUACGGCCGCGCCGCCGCUCGAUUCUGGGCCUCCUACGUCGACGACAAGCUGUUCAGCACGUGGAUCCCCGUCUACAGCGGCCGGACGAGGGAGGACAGGGCCGAGGCGGCGCGGCGGGUCGCGGGCGUCCUGGAGGAGCUCGAGACGGCGUUCCGGGAGUGCUCCGGGGGCGCGGCGUUCUUCGGCGGGGGCGGCGUCGGGCUCGUCGACGUCGUGCUGGGCGGCUUCCUCGGGUGGCUGCGCGCGUCCGAGGCCAUGUGCGGCGUCAGGGUCGUCGACCCCGCCACGACGCCGCUCCUGGCGGCGUGGGCCGACCGGUUCGGCGCGCUCGACGGCGUCAGGGAGGUGAUUCCGGACGUGCAGAGGCUGCUGGAGUAUAACAGGAUGAGGCGCGCCCUCCUUGGGCUACCGUAGUAGAUUCUGGGGGCUCGGCUCGCCGCUGAUACAGCUUAGUCAAGUCCAAACCAAGAUAGAGAAACGGCUAUUUGGGAACCGUUUGUCUGACAUUAGAAGUUUGUCACGGAACCCAAGCAGAAAUCAGGGGAAAACCAUCGCUGUAGCAACGUGACAGCGACGAAAUGUUCGUUUUCCACGCGCUUUUCCAAAACCAAGCUGUAAGUCCAAACCAGGAAAGAGAAACAGCAGCAAAUCUGGGGAAAAGAAGUUAGCGUAGUAUGACCGCAGGCUUCAUCGGUGAGGUGGUGAAGGAAAAGCCCACCAACCUGCCAUCGCCAGCCACUGCAGUAUCAGACUACUAGUGUCGAUGUUUGAAAAUAAAUAAUUCCAUGUAGCCCAAACUAUGAGGUUAGUCCUGCAUAGAAGCAGAGCAAGAUAGGCCUAGUCACAACUCACAAGCCAAGAAGAGUCAGUCGAGGGAAACAUUGCGAUGGCGGGGAAGGAGGAUCUGAAGCUGCUCGGCCUGGUGGUGAGCCCGUUCGCGAUCCGGGUGCGCAUGGCGUUGGGCAUCAAGGGCGUGAGCUACGAGUACGUUGAGGAGGACAUGUUCAACAAGAGCGACCUCCUCCUGGCGUCCAACCCCGUGCACAAGAAGGUGCCCGUGCUCAUCCACAAUGGCAAGCCCGUCUGCGAGUCGCUCGUCAUCGUGCAGUACGUCGACGAGCUGUUCGCCGGCCCGCCCAUCCUCCCCGCCGACCCCUACGAGCGCGCCACCGCUCGCUUCUGGGCCGCCUUCGUCGACGACAAGCUGACUCCGGCGUGGAUCGGCAUCCUGAAGGCCGAGACGGAGGACGAGCGGGCGGAGAAGGCGACAGAGACGCUCGCCGUGAUCCGUCAGGUGGAGGAGGCCCUCGCCAACACGCUCGCCGACGGCAGGGCCUUCUUCGGCGGCGACUCCAUCGGGUACCUCGACGUCGUGCUCGGCUCCUGCCUGUUCUGGUUUGAUGCGCUGCGCAGGAUGCGCGGAGUCGAGAUCAUUGACUCCGGCAGGACUCCGCUCCUGGCCGCGUGGGCGGAGCGGUUCAGGGAGAACGCGGAGGCGAAGGGAGUGGUGCCGGGGGCCGACGAGGCCGUGCAGUACGCCAAUAAGCUCGCCGCCGCCGCCGCCGCGAAGUGAAUGAAUCGGUUCGGAUUGAGCGUGUGAUGAACACGAUGGGAUUGCCAAGUUAAUCAAUGUUCAGGUCUGAUCACAUCAUGUGAGUCUAGUGAUCUCACGUGCAAUAAAAUGAGGCGUUUAGCUUUGAUGCGUAUUGAUUU